AUGAACCGUCCUAUUCAAGUGAAGCCAGCGGACAGUGAAAACCGCGGAGGCCAUCUUGACAGAAAGCUGUUCGUGGGUAUGCUCAGCAAGCAACAGACAGAAGACGAUGUCCGACAGUUGUUUUCUGCAUUUGGUACAAUAGAGGAGUGCACAAUACUUCGUGGACCUGACGGAACAAGUAAAGGCUGUGCAUUCGUUAAAUUUUCGUCGCAUCAAGAAGCACAAGCGGCGAUUAACUCUCUACACGGUAGCCAAACUAUGCCGGGUGCGUCAUCCAGCUUAGUAGUAAAAUUUGCAGACACUGAAAAAGAAAGACAAUUAAGACGCAUGCAGCAGACAGCUGCAAACAUGGGCCUCAUCAACCCCUUCGUCUUCAAUCAAUUCGGGGCAUAUGGCGCCGCUUACGCUCAACAGCAGGCGGCACUCAUGGCUGCCGCGACGGCACAGGGAACAUACAUCAAUCCCAUGGCUGCCUUGGCAGCUGGACAACUCCCACACGCGUUAAACGGUACCGGUACAGGGCAGCCCGUCAAUGGAGCGAUACCUUCGUUACCUUCGCCGACAAUGCCAAACUUCAACAUGGCUGCGCAAACGCCAAAUGGCCAGCCUGCUGGCUCGGAUCCAGGAGUCUAUACCAACGGCAUUCCUCAGACUUACCCGGGACAUGCCCUUCAUCUGUCCAUUCCAGCUCAAGGUUUGCCCAAUGGGGAGACGGCUCUCCAACAUGCCGCCGCGUAUCCUGGAAUGCAGCCCUACGCUGGAGUUGCUUAUCCCGCCGUCUACGGUCAGUUUCCUCAAGCCAUUCCUCAGCCGAUGACUGCUGUGGCUCCCACACAGAGAGAAGGAUGCUCUAUCUCAGGACCCGAAGGCUGCAACCUGUUUAUCUACCACCUGCCCCAAGAGUUUGGAGAUGCUGAGCUCAUGCAGAUGUUCCUUCCGUUUGGUAACGUCAUCUCAUCCAAAGUCUUUAUCGACCGUGCCACUAACCAGAGCAAAUGUUUCGGGUUCGUGUCUUUCGACAAUCCGUCGAGCGCGCAGGCAGCGAUUCAAGCGAUGAACGGCUUUCAAAUAGGGAUGAAGCGGUUAAAAGUUCAACUUAAGAGGCCCAAGGACGCCAACAGACCGUACUAACCCACGUCCUAGCCUAGAAAAACUGGCCGGAUAGCGCCCUACGUUAUAACCCACAGAGUAUUGUACGAAAGUAUAAGCCCAGUGGAAGCUCGAAGAUCAGAAGUGACGAGUUUAAAUCACCGCUACAACGCUCUGCACCGUAACAACCUAGUAUACUAGUUAGUUAAUUCUUUAGAAGUAAAAAUAGAGGUCAUCGGAGGAGCUUCGCCGUCAUCCACGGAAGAUUUCACGAAAAAUGGGGAAAAAUCGGAGAACUGUUUUGUCUCUGAUCAGCCAGGAAGACCAAAAAUGUCAAGGAUCUUUUUCUACCCUAUAAUCGUUUACACUCGAGGUUUGUUAACAAUCGCUUGUUCUUCAGAAUGUCUCGUGAGAAGAAACAUCGUAGCACGAAGUCACAAUUAUAAAAGAGAGCAGUCGUCAAAUUAAAAAAAAUCAGACUUCUGUCGCUCAUGGUGUUCAAAGAUUUCCCCAAUAUUUGCGUUUGACUUUUGACUUGCUACGAUGACUGCUAUUUCCGAAUUCACUAGACUGAAUAUUCGUUUUAAGAGGCAAGAAUUUUCGAUACAGGGAAAGAUUCUCUUUCGGGUCUUCAAUUGCAGGCACAGCUUCGCAAAAAAAAUGCCAAAUCUAGUCAAUGCUGUGUUGGCGAUUUUUUCCACGACUGAUCACAAAACAACUUCAUUACGCUCGACGCAAAAUGUAGGUUUUAUACCAGGUUAGGAGCGAUAUUAGUCACCAGCUCUUUUACCAUUUUAGCGACAAAAAAACCCUUGAUUAAAAUGAUAAUUGUAAGAUCUCGAGAUUGGAUUAAUUAGGGAAAUAAAUUAAAAGAAUUUCGAGAAAAGUGUAUGAAGGUUAAUAUCUGGUGACUUUAGAAUUUUGAAAUAGAAAAGAUCGAUUUUUGAGGUGCGACCUUUAUAGUAAAUAAGUGUCUGGAAUUUUUAAUGUACUUAAAGGUGUUUUUCGAGAAGAAAACGCGUUUAAAUCACGAGGAUUUUAGAUCGAUAGAGUGAUAAAUUCAUCGAUUGAACGCUCCGAUCCCAUUUCGUUUUGUCGACCGAUCGCUUCAACCGCGAAAUGCCAACUAGGCUGUGAUUUAACGAAAAAAGAAUUAACAGAUCAGUGUUUUUUUAAUCUCAAAAAACUAGUGCCAUUGUGGAUACUUAUUUAGAAUUCUUCCAGCAGAAAUAAAAUUAUUAGUUUCUUUAU